UCACCGGUCAUCACUCCGUGGAAUCCCCAGCCCUAAAAGGCACUCCGUCGGCGCCGCCGCCGCCGCCACCACCGUCCAUCCCCCGUCGCCGCCGUCCCUCCCAAGCCAUGGAGAAGCCGGUGGAGGAGCCGUUCUCGAGGCUCACCGACGACCUAAUCGCGGAGAUCCUCUCCCGCGUGCCCUACAAAUCACUCCGCAUCUGCGAGUGCGUGUGCCCGGCCUGGCGCGCCGUCGUCACCGACCCCGCGAGCCGGAGGAGGAUCGCGCAGACCCUGGCCGGCUUCUUCCACAUCGUCACCGACGACGAGGCCCCCGGCUUCGCCGUCAGCUACGCCGACCUGUCCGCCUUCCCCUGGGCGAGCGUCCCCAAGGCCUACCCGCGCCUGCCGGUGCCGCCCGACCGCACGGACUGCUUCUUCUAUCCCGAGGAUUCCUCCGACGGAUUGUUCCUCACCCGCGUCGCGCCGCCCCUUGCCUGCGUCCGGCGUGAUGAAAAGUUUCUCUACAUGGUCUCCAAUCCAGCCACCGGCGAUUAUUUUGUGCUGCCUCACUCCGGCUACACCGGCGGCCACCGCCGUGCCUACCUGGGCUUCGACGGCGAUGCGCCCACCCAAGAGUUUCAUGUGUUCGAGUUUGUGUUGGAAAAGAUCCAGGCUUUGCGUCCCACUGUUGUGAGAAGGGUGAACAUUUACUCUUCAGAAACUGGUGCGUGGGUGGCAAGGGAAAGCCAGUGGAACGGCGGAUUUACCUUGCGCUGUCGUCAACCCGGAGUUUUCCGUAAGGGGUGUCUGCACUUGCUCACAGAUCAGUCUGCGUUGGCGAUAGUUGAUGCGCAAGGGCUGAAAUGGAGAACCGUUCCGCUGCCAACAUUCGUCGAUCCGAGCAUCCAGAUUUUCAUCGUGCUUGCUGGACCAGCCCUUUUACACAUCAGGAGGAUGCUGACAGAAUUCAGAAACACAUGCCAAAGACCUCCCUUGUUCUUGAAAGUUCAAGUCGCGUUGGCAGUUAAGUCCGUCUGCGCGUCCAUUACUCCAGUUCCGCCGUUUUCAUUUUUCGUUUGAUGUUAUUGGGCAUGACACUAACUGGGAAAUGGCACUUAGAUGGCGGACAGGGUUGUAUAGUGCUGCACUGCUGUUUACUUAGAUUCUGCAUGGUGUGAGUGGAGCAGUAACUCCCAUAAUAUUAUGAGUUGUUGUUUCUAGAUUAGCGGUGUACCAACUGAAAGUCGAUUCUUAGGUUGCCGCACUGCAAAAUUUAGAGUCUGUCAUGAGUGUGAAAGACCCAAUUUCACAUCUCAAAUUUGCAAGUAAAAUGUUACAAAGCGUGAGAAUACUAUUACAUCAUUGUUCUUUAUUCUUAAUUUUUCAUAAUUUCGCAGGUAUCGGUGGGCCAAUAUUUAUCCUCCAUUUGUUUUCUUCUUCUUCGUAUCUACUAUAUAUAUACUGCCUGCAUGUUUUUUUUUAUUGUAACAUCACUCAAGCAAUGCAUUUUGAAUGACAACUGUGACCUCAUUAAAAAGGUGUUCUUUUGGUGGAACUUUGCAAAUCUGAAUUUCAUUUUCUGAAAAUGCUAGUCGAUUCUCGUGAUGCUUUGAUUUAGGAUUUGUUAGUACUUGAUAGGAACUAGGAAAAUCUGGGUAAUUCAUUUGGCAUAUAACCACGGGCAUUGCAUAUUGAAACCCUGCAAACUUCCUAUUUGCAUUGUGAGUUAUCUUGCUUGGAUAAUACUAACAUAUCUAUAAUCUGUUGAAAACCCACGAUGCAAAGUUUUUGAAAUCAAACACAGAAGUAGAGCUUGUUGCUGUCAAGAUUCGGACUGUCGAAGGUGUUCAUCUCCGCCGCCUACUGGGCUGUCCUCAUCACCCGACAUGCCGGCGGUCACCGACAGACACGGGGAACUCUGAAGCUCAAGCUACCCUUGUGACUGAGAUCGAUCAGAUAUAUAGUGAGUGAUAAACUAUUAGCAUUGCAUGUUGCAUCUGCAGUUGGUUAAUUGUGUUUUGUCAGGUGCUCUGCACUGCAUCCCCAAACCUGAAUAAACCUUUUCUUUCUCUGAAACUCGUGAGUCAGAUGCAGAUGGUGAUUAUUGACUGGUCCGGUUGGUAAGAUUGGAUCCAACGGUCGGUGGAUCCUAUUUGACUAUCACAAUCUAACGGGCGAAAACAUCUUUUGAUCAGGGUUUAUUUAACAUCCACGCAUACUUUCCGCCUCAUUUGUUAAUUCAGGCCAACAACAUACAGUUGGAAACAUCGUCAAUCGCAUCGGCCGGCAAGUGCAUGUACCAUGGAAGACCAGGGGGGUCAGACGAGGCCAGGCAAGAAGGCACGCAAGUCGUCGCCGCCGGCGGUGGGCUCCGGCGGACUGACCGCGUUCGCGCUCCGCCUGGCCAAGAAGCUCGCCGAGGGCGACGACACCAGGGGCAGCAACAUCGCCUUCUAGCCGCUGUCCCUCUACACCACGCUUGGCUUGGUGGCCGCCGGAGCACGGGGCACAACACUGGACGAGCUCCUCGCCCUGCUCGGUGCCUCGUCGUCCGACGAGGUCGCCGGCUUUGUGCGUAGCCUCGCCGCUGCUGAGCCGUCCGGCUCAGGUGGGGGGCCGCUCAUCACCUAAGCCUACGGCGUGUUCCACCAGAAAAGCAUGGAGCUCACGCUGACCUACCUCCGCACCGCCGCCGAGUCCUACAAGGCUGAGAUACGCGCCGUCGACUUCACUCAGGAUGGCAGCAGGGAGAAGACGAGGAAGGAGAUCAACGAGUGGGCGGCGGCGGCAACGGACAAUCUCAUCCCGGAGAACCAACGCCAUCUACUUCAAGGGCGUGUGGGAGAGCCGCUUCCCCGAGGCCCUCACCGAGCACCGCAGGUUCCACCGCCUGGGCGGCGCCAUCAUCAUCCCCUUCAUGACCUUUUAUCCGGGACUGCACGACCUCUUCGUCUCCUACCACAAGGACUUCGACGUGCUCAAGCUCCCCUACAAGACCGGCGACGCCACGGCCCGGUACUCGAUGUGCGUGUUCCUCCCGCACGCGCGUGGCGGGCUGCGCGCCAUGACCAACGCUCUGGCAGCCCGCGGCUCGCUGCUCGACCAUGUGCCGAAGCAUCCGAUCAAGGUGACUAAGCUCCUGCACCGCCGUCGGUGGCCGCAGGAAGCAGUGUGCAAUGAGGGUGACUCCGAUGGAGUUCGUCGCGGACCACCCGUUCGCGUUUUACAUAGUGGGGGAGGUGUCCGGGGCCGUGGUCUUUGCCGGCCAUGUCCUUGACCCUUCUUCUAGCUCACAGUAGUAGUAAUUAUAAUGCAAUUCGAUUUCCUACUAGUUACAAUUGGUAGUAUGCCCAGGUUGCAAGUGGAUAAUAAAUUAAACAGUUCGACUAUAUAUCUUGCUAUUUCACGCUUU